AUGGGCCCUGUGGGGGCCAUUGCAGGCAGUUAUACUAGCAGAGUGGUCACCAAUGGACUGAAAGCACAAAUUAAUAACCCAGAACUGAAAGUCAGAGCACUAGACCCGCACAUCCGCACCUUAAUUGAUAAACUGCAGCAUUUUAAUCAGCUGGAGAGUGACAAGACAAAUCUAAAAUCUGAAAGAUGGGCAUCUCGGGAAAGUGGCAGUGGUGGUGGAAGGAGUGAAGAGAUGGAAUCUAGCGGAGACUGUGAUGAUGAGGAUGGGUGCCAAGGAUCGGGUGAAAAGAGCCGCACAACCGAUGAUCUCAGAGCCAAUUCAGGAGAUAGGAAUGAAUCCAGUGCAACAGUGAAAAAGGCAGACUCCACAGAUACCAUUAUUGUAAAAUUGAAAGAGAACAGGGGCAAUCAAGUUAUGGACAAUCGAGUUUCAACCACCUUGCUCUUCACUAUCACAGCGCUAGCAGUUUUGUGGCACUCUUUGUUAUAGCUGCAUUGCAUUGCGUUAACUGUGCAAGAAUUUCUGCUCACUGUCAUUUUAUACCUACAGCCUUACCCAAGUGAAAACAAAGUUAAAUGGCUCUCUAAAUGGUGCACUCUAGUAUUAUGUGGUAUAUUAGUAGAAGUGCUAAACAUUAGUCUGGGACUGGCUAACAGAAAGCAUCGGUGUGUGCACAAUUUCUGGCAAUGGUUCUUGAGAGCAUCUUAUCUAUUUAAGAUGCAAAAAGGAUGAAGACAGGAACCCUGAGUAGAUUAAGUUAUUGUAAUAGAUACAAUUAAGAAUGUUCAAGUUGUAAAUUAAUAUGUUGGAAUUUCCCCCUUUUUACUCAUUGGCUAAUGGACUGUUGUCUAUUUGUCUAAUCUUUCACAUGAGUUCCUCUGAAUAAUCCAUUUUCAGGAGCAGUUCAAUAGUAAGUUAUAUCUCUAGGGAUCAGCCACUAUAUGUUAAGUGAAGUACAGCACUAUCUACCAGUUGGAUAAAAUUCCUAAGUGGUACAAGAAGAUUGUAGCAUGUUUAAAUCUCUUGGUUUCCCCCUCCCUUUCUUAAUGUUUAGAACAUAGAAAGCAAUAUAACAAACAUAUGCUGUGUCUAAUGUAUUGGUAUAGUUGCCUUAACCAUUUAGAAAAGAAAUGUAGAAACACUUCCUGAGUUAUUUUGAAACAUGAAAACGUGUUUCCUUGCCCAUGUAUUUCAUUACCAUAUGCUUAAGACUAUGUGAAUGUCUGACAAAUGGGGGAGGGAAAUAGAAAAUGGAAUCAAGUGUCCAUUGUCUGUAAGGUAUAAGAAUGGAGAACCUCAUCCAGAGCGAUGGGAUGCGCAUCUGAGGAGGGAAGUGAGUGGCUGGAGUUGGUCCCUCAGUCUCAUCAGAAACAGGUGAUCAGAAUUGUCACAGCUGACAGAGGUUCCAUCCGUAUUGUGGGCAAGUGCUCUCCGCAGUCCAGCAAUACCCAGUCCCCCUGGCACAGUCCAGAUGAUGAUCUGUAUUUGGAUUGCCUUUGCUGAAUUGGAACAAAAGUUUUUGUCUCCCGGGGUUUCUCCUCUAUUCAAGAGGGGUAUUGAUGCACUGUAGAUCUGUGAAUUACAGUGUGCCAUAUACACAGAGACUAUUUAAUUACAUGUAGUGUUUUAUUGUGCUAUGAUAGGAAAAAUAAAUAUGAAAGAAACAUCAACUUAAAUGGGGGGAUCCGUUAUUUGCCAUUUUCUCAGUAUUUUCAUUUUCCCCAUCUUAUUUUAAGGAGGGCUUUUUAAUUAAUAAAUAAAAUUGAUGUGUUUUACAGCAUGACAAGGAGUUGCAAUUUCACCAUUAGAUGGGAGAGGGCAGAGGGCUAAUAUGUGUAUUUUUGACAACUGUUUUUACAAUGUCUUUGAAAAUCUAUACAAUACAGUCUGAGUAGAAUCAGCAGUGGUAACAGUCAUUAUGUCUCUGAUUUAUAUUUACUAACAAAGCAAAUCAUUCAUCUGAGUAGUUCUUUUCAUGAUACAGAAUAUUACACUGUACAGUUUUAU